AUGUUCUUUAGAAGGAGGUUUCUCUCAUUUCCUCUGGUGAUUGGAGCUGUUGUCAUUGGAGUUGUUUCUGGGAAGGCAAUAUUUGGACCCCCACUUGAUGAAUACUGGAAAAAGAAGCUUGAGGAAGAGGCAGCUGCAAAAGAGACUGACACAAGCUCGACCUAG